UUCCGACUCCGACCCCUUCAACAAGCCUACAACACUUCUUCCCUCCCUCUCUCUUUCGUCUCUUCAAUGGAAGCAGCAGCAGAGGGAGAAUUUCCAUCAUCUCCUCUGAAACUCCUCUGAAACUGAGCAUAAGAAUUAGGUUUUCUACAUUCUGAUACACAAAUUCAUCACGAUGUUGCAAAGGGGAAUGCUGGAGUCCGGCAGAUCCAUUCAAAGAGUCUACAGACAAAGCAAAACAACUCAGUUGCCAUAUUUUCUUUUGUCGAGAAAAGGAUUUUCGUCUAAACCUACUACUACAACACUUCAAAAACCAGCUGGUUCACCCUCACCAGCUGCUUCAGUAGGAAAAACCUCACCACCACCACCAACACCACCAAAAGAAGCACCUAAAACUGGUACCUGGUUGAAGAUUUUUUUUGGAAGUGUUGCAGUUGGUGGUGCAGUUGCAGCUUAUCAAGGCGGACAUUUAGGUUAUCCUUUUGUUAAAGAGGAGAAAUCUUCGAAUGAGUUAUCUAACAUUGAUGCUAAGAAGGAUGUUGGUUUGAAGGAAACAAGAGAGUUAGAAAAGCAAGUGGAGACGAGUACAUUGGGGUCUGAUUUUGUUAAUGUUGAGAAAAAUGAUGAUGGUGUUGCUUUGGGCGUUCCUGAUGUUCAAGGGGAAUCAAAUGUGUCUGUUCAAGAAGAUAAGGUAAUUGACAAAGAGAGUGUGGCACCUCAAGAAGAUCCGAUUCUUGGCGAGACUACUCCUACCACUUCUUCUGAAAUACCAUUAAGCGAUGACCUCAGCAAAAGGGAAAUUGGAGACUUUGUAGCAUCCACAGCUGUUUCUCAAGAAACUGAGACAAAUAUUGUAGCUCAAGAGGCUGAGUCAAUACCAACCUCACCCGAUAAUCUUACCUUGGAGGAGACAACAGAGGCUCCUGUAGUUAAUGCUUCUGAAUCAUCCAAUGCACUUCUUGCUGAAUAUUCUCUCCAGAAAGAUGAGGGUAGUCCAACAACUUCUUCCAAUGAGAAGGUUACUGAUGUAUCCGUGCCUUUUUCUGAAGCAAAAGAGUUGUUACUAAGCACGAGUGAUGAGUUGAAGGAUGCGUACAUAUCCAAGGAUGGAAAGUUGGUUCUUGAUUUCUUGGAUGCCCUUCACGCAGCUGAACGAAAGCAGUUUGAGUUAGAUGCUCAUGUAUUUUCUGAAGAAAAGAGAAUUUUGAAGGAGAAGUAUGAGAAAGAGUUGAAGGAUGCCAGAGCCAGGCAACUCAUGUAUGCAGAAGAAGCUGCGAUGUUGGAGAAGGAGUUAAACAAAGAAAGGGUCAAGUUUGCAGCUAACAUAAAGUUGCUUCAAGAAAAAGCAGAAGAAGAUCUCAAGCGGGAACUGGAAAGAAAGGAAAAUGAAGCAGAGGCACAGUUGAAUAAGAUCCAAGACUUGGCGAAAGCAAAACUUGCCGCUGCUAUUGCUAAUGAGAAAGCAUCUCAGAUCGAAAAGAUGGCAGAGGCUAAUCUUAAUAUUAAUGCCUUGUGCAUGGCUUUCUUGGCGCGAUCUGAAGAGUCCCGGCAGAGUCACUCUGUAUACAAGCUGGCUCUGGGAACACUUGCAUUAGAAGAUGCACUAUCUAAUGGAUUACCUAUUCAGAGAGAGGUAAAUGUACUACGUACGUACCUUGAUGGCAUUGACAAAGACUCCCUCUUGGAAUUGGUCUUGUCAACUCUUCCAGAAGAAACGUUAAAGCAUGGUACAGACACGCAAUUUCAAUUGAACCAGAAGUUUACUACAUUGAAAGACACGCUCCGGCAUUAUAGUCUUAUCCCACCUGGUGGAGGAGGCAUCUUGACACAUACAAUCGCACAUGUUGCGUCUUCUUUGAAGGUUAAGGAAGAUGAUCCAUCUGGGGACGGGAUUGAGUCUGUCAUCAGCAGGGUUGAGAGGCUUCUGGCCGAAGGAAAACUGGCUGAAGCAGCGGAAAGCCUAGAAAAAGGUGUCAGUGGUAGCAAAGCAGAGGAAAUUGUUGGCGAUUGGGUGAUACAAGCAAGGAACAGAGCCAUCGCAGAGCAAGCUCUAUCCGUACUUAAAUCAUAUGCUACAGCCAUCAGUCUUACAUAAAAAGUAGUUUAGGGUUCUUUAUUUUCUAUAUGCAACUUUUGUAGUUAUCCCAUGAUAUGUGGGAUACAUAAUUUUGCUCACAAUUUCCGGGUGGAAAAAAAUGAAAAAAAUGAAACUUUUGUUACAGUCCAUGACUUUUUGUCAGUCAGUGAUAUUGUCCCUGAAUAAAGAAAAGAAAUUCUUUUUGGCUGCCUGGUUGGGCGUGUACAAAAACCUUAAUGAUCUCGUUGGAGUUCCUGCGUCUUGAUCUCUAGUGUCGAAUUUCAGAAUAUUAGUAAUUUUUAAUUUUUGAUUGGACCAGGCAGUUUGGUUAG